AUGGAUAUGGUGAAGCUGGCUCAUAAUUUCGGCAAGGAUAUCCGUGAAGCGGAAAAUUGCAAGCCUGGAUGUAAAGCGUGUAUGACACUCAUCUAUCAGAAUAAUUCGGGAUUCUGUUUCUGUAAGCAUUCGGAACGGGAAUCGAUAGGCCAACUGGUGGGCACAGAAAGAGUUGCUUUCGAAGUGUUAACUCAUUGCUUAGAACCGAAUCCACUGCGACGAUACACAGCUCGUAUGCUUGCGGAUUUAA